AUGUCUUCACUCUCUCUUCUCAAGAAUGCCCUGAAUCAAGUCAAAAAUGAAAAGAAGGCACUGUUAACGGCUGCUGCUUCAUCGGAACCACAGCAAGAAAAUACCGAUCAUGCUAAUAAUAAUAACAAUUCAGCAUCCUCAUCAUCAAAACGAUGGGUGAAGAAGAGUGAAAUUGAGGAGUUGCGAUAUAAGAAAGUUUUAGAGGAGAGUAAAAAAGGAGUUAAAAGAAAGCAAGAGGUAUCCAUAAAUUCUGAAAAUAAUCGUGAUGGAGAAUCAACAAGUUUAGAUCCGAAUCAAAAGAAAACAAAAAUUGAUAAUGAUGAUGACGAUGAUAAUUUGGAAACAAUCCCAAGAAUUGAAGUAUUCAGAUUAUUGCGUUCCUAUGGAGAACCAAUAACGUUAUUCGGAGAGACAGAUAAACUCAGAUUAAAACGUUUGAAAAACAUUCAGACAACUUUAGGAGAAUUUAAAGGACAACAAAACGACUUUGCUAAAGCUUUGAAGGAACGAGAGCAAGAGGUGGCCGAUGAAGUCAAUACGAGUGGUAUCGAACACUCAUCCAAUGCCGAAAGCUCAACACGUCAAGAUGGUACUAAGAAGGAGAAAAUUAAAUACAAAGGUGUUCAUCACAAAAAAGAAUCAGAGGACGCUUAUGAGUUUGUAUUGAGAGUUUUAAAGAGAUUAAUGAAAGAAUGGCAAUAUUCCCUUGACGAAUUACCAGAGCAUGUUAAAAAGUCCUCUCAAGGAAAGCAUGACGCAACAAUUUUCAAACAAACCAAAACAUAUAUCAAACCCCUCUUUAAAUUGCUGAAAAAGAAACAAUUGUCAGACGAAAUUCUCAAGUUUUUAGAACCAAUUUGUACAUUUAUGGCGGAUAGAGAAUACGUAAAAGCAAAUGAUGUAUAUAUGGAGUUGGCUAUUGGAGAUCAGCCUUGGCCAAUUGGUGUAACCAUGGUUGGUAUCCACGCAAGAACUGCGCGUGAAAGAAUUGGUUCUGACAAAAUCAAACACAUUCUCAACGACGAAGAACAGCGAAGGUACGUCCAAAGCGUGAAGCGAUUGCUGACUCUGGCACAAAAACUUUAUCCAACUGUGCCAAGUAAGAUGGUCGAAUAA